GAGAGUAUGAGGGUGGUGAGAACAACACUGUUUGAUUCUACCCUCAAGAAUCAUACAAAAUCAUCAUCAACAACAACAACAAGAAGAGGUUCUCAAUGGCUUCAAGAAUUGUUUCUCAACAACAACCCAAAGGUUUUAUGGUUUUAUUCUUUCUGGGGUUCAAUUUUUUUGUUCAAAGACUGGAACUUUGAGGGUUUGGUAAUUUAAAGCGAUAAGAAAAAAAAUUCUGGGUUGGUUUAUGGUUUUAUACAAAAAAUCAACAACAACAACAACAAGAGAUUCUCAAUGGCUUCAAGAAUUGUUCCUCAACAACAACCUAGAGGUGCUGAUUUAGUUGGCCUCCGCAAUUGCGCAAAUACUAUUUGUCUACGACAUUCUAUCGAACUUAAAUUUAAAAAGACUUGCAUUGGUAGUUUGGAUGACAUAACAGAGGAACCCGCUCCGACUAAUAGUGCAACAAACUCAAGCGACCAUUCAGAAAAGAGACAAGUGACUUUUGAGGAUUUUCAAAAGGCUAGGCUCGAAAUAAGACCUAGUGCCAUGAAAGAGGUGACCCUUGAGGUUCUAAAGGUUAAAUGGGAAGAUAUUGGCGGCCAAAGGGAAGUCAAAAACCAAUUAUUGGAAACACUAGUAUGGCCCCAAAAGCACCGAGAUGCAUUCACCCGUAUUGGGACUGAUGCUCCAUCAGGUGUAUUGAUGUAUGGGCCUCCAGGUUGUAGCAAAACCCUAAUGGCACGUGCAGUUGCUUCUGAAGCAGGACUGAACUUUCUAGCAGUCAAGGGUCCUGAACUCUUCAGCAAAUGGGUUGGCGAAUCUGAGAAGGCUGUCAGAUCAUUGUUUGUUAAAGCAAGGGACAAUGCCCCAUCAGUAAUAUUUUUCGAUGAAAUAGAUAGUCUUGCUAUGAAUCGUGGGAGAGAUGGUGAUGGUGUUUCCGUGUCUGAUAGGGUCAUGGCUCAACUCCUUGUUCAAAUGGAUGGUGUGCGUAGCAGAGGUGAUGUUGCUGUUAUAGCUGCUACAAAUAGGCCAGACAAUAUUGAUCCUGCUCUUUUAAGACCAGGACGAUUUGACCGUCAGCUAUAUGUUGGACCUCCAAAUGAGAAGGACCGAGAAGAGAUCUUUAGCAUUCAUUUGCGCAAAACUCCAUAUGAUUCUGAUGUUAGCAUGAAAGAACUGGCUCAACUGACAGAUGGUUAUACUGGGGCUGAUAUAUCACUUGUAUGUCGACAAGCAGCUCUUGCAGCAUUGGAGGAAAGCUUUGAUGCUUCUGUUGUAACAAUGAAGCACUUUAAGAUGGCAAUCGAACAAGUUCAGCUCUCUGAAAUUCAGUUCUAUCAAAAAUUCUCAGCAACAUUUCAUAGGGGCGUGCGCUCUGAUUCGGUCGACGUAAAUGGUUAACUUAAUCACAUGCACUUAACACACCAUAAUGCAUGUUUACGAUAAAUUAAGUGUGUUUGGACGAAGCAAUGUUUUGAGGUAAUGUAAUGUAAUUUUUUGAGAGAAUUCAAAUUCUUCAAUGUAAAUUUUGUUGUUUAGAUGAUUAAUUUAGAGAAUUUUUAAAAUGAUGGAAAUUUAAGAGGGAUUGUAUCCCAGUUAAAUUUAGAGAAACUCAAAUGACACUCAAACAAUAGGAAUUUGAAAUUCCUUCCUUAUUCGAUACAAUGUGAAUAUUAAAUUGGUUCUUAUAAUUUUAUCAAUUCUUGCAAA